AAAAUGGCCGCCUGCGUGUUGAAGCGGUGUGUGACUGUAGCUGUCAAAGUUAAAUCCUUAUCUCCGUCUUUUUCUGCUAGACGAUGGCUUCUUUCAGCAGCUUAUACAGAUACAAAACUGUGGGAGGCAAGAGAGAAAGAUCCUCAGAAUCUGGCGCUGCUGGCUAACAGUAUGGACAGAACAUAUGAGAAGAACCUUCCAGUUAGUUCUCUGACUAUGGGAAGGUUUGUCGACAACAUCUCGUCGCGUGAGGAAGUCGAUCAAACAGAGUACUACCUCUACAAGUUUCGCCACAGUCCAAAUUGCUGGUACCUGCGAGACUGGACGAUUCACAGCUGGGUCAGACAGUGUCUAAAAUAUGGAGCCAGGGAAAAGGCUUUGCACACUCUGAAGAACAAGGUCCAGUAUGGGAUAUUCCCAGAUAACUUCACCUUCAACAUCCUCAUGGAUUCCUACAUCAAGGAGAAUGACUUUAAAAAUGCCUGCUCUGUUGUUGAGGAAGUGAUGCUGCAGGAAGCUUUUGACCUUCCCUCCAUUCAGAUCUUGUCUUUCUAUUCUUUGGGCUGUUACCUAGCAACGAAGCCACAACUUACAGUGUCGCAGGAAAGAGCGCUGGGGGCAUCGUUGCUGAUCUGUGGGCUGCAGCAUGAGAACAGUGUUGGGCUGAGUGCGCAACUUCUCGGCUGUGUGUUUCUUGGCAAGGUGGAGAUGCUGAACGGUAUAAAUGGCGUCUACAAAGGGAUGCCGCUGGACUGGACCCGUGGCUAUCUAGGUCGAGCGUUUGCUGUCAUGGAGAGAGUUGCUACAAACCAGCCAGAUGUUAAGCUGACCAAGGACACAUUGGAUUACAUCAGUGACAUCCUGCAGGAACUUUCCUCCUCAAUAGACACUGACUCAUCUGGGGAGGAGUCUUCUGGAGAGGAAGAUCAGAAAGUAAGCACCAUGGAGGAUGAAGAUCUAGAAGAGCAGGCGAAACUUCCAGAGUAUAUCAGCAGAUUCAAGGAGCUGAGUGUCCUACUGGAAUCUCAGGGUAAAGUCGACUCUGCCUCCUUCAAGGAUCUGGUCACCGAAAAGGCAAAACAGGACCUGGCUGCCGCUGAGAAGUCAGACAUUGAAGAGUACGAGACACGGAUCCAGACUUGGGAGGAUGAGAGAAAGAACUUGGUCCAUAGAGAGAGAGAGCUGAGGAUGAAAGCUGAGCUGGAGAGAGAGGAGCGGCUAGCAGCCCGAGCCGCUGCCCAGCAAGCUUAGACUGCUGGUGUCUGUCAUAUUACGGACUGUUGUCACUUAUGAUUUUCUAUCAGUGGAGCUGUUCAUGUUUAUCUCCAAAUAAAAUUCAGCUUCAUCCGUGUUGCUGAUACUUGGGUAUACUCGAACCAAUUGUUGAACACGGCUUGUGAGUGACCUCAUGUGUGAGAAUAAAGAUGGGAAAGAUCUCACCAUCACAUCCUCC